AAUCACUCUUCGCUCCCUCCAAUCCUCGAAUAGUCGCUGGGAAUCCUUCUCUCUGACUCCUCCAUACUCUGCCAUAAUCCCCUUCACCUCUUCUGCAACAAUCUCUUCACUAAAGCGACCUGUAUCCUCAAGUCGGUGAGUCCGGAAUCUGCUCCGUCUACGUCAUUCUUCCUCUCUUCUUUUGGGGUCGGUGCGCCAACAAAGAAAUCCUUUCCCGCACCCACCAGAGGCAGAAGCAGAGCCAACCGCACCACUUCUGCUUGAGUCCUUAGCGACAUCUUCUGCCACCGCUCUUUGUUCCACUGACGCACUCUGUCUUUUGUGAUAAAAUAUACUGAUUCCUGUCGCUCAGACCAUUGCUAUCCUCUCUAUCAACUCACAUAGACUGCGGCGCCUAGAAUCUGUCACAGAGAACUGGUUGGCUCGAUCGACACUGCAUAGUACCCCACCAAGCAAGACCAGCAACAACCAUCCCACCACAGGCACACUCGCCCCUCGAGCACACCUCCGCUCCUCUAUCUUUGUCCUAAACAACACUCCAAUUCUCUCCACACCUCUCAUUCCCACCUAUCGAACCCAGCAUGGCACCUCGAGGCCGAGGAGGCAAAUUCUCCAAGCCCUCACGAGGAGGCGGCAAGAAAUUCUCACGAGACCUCCAACCGCUGGACAAAGAUGGCAACCCGCUCGGAAUGUGGCGGGACCCGAAAGACAAGAUUGAGUCCUCGUCAGAGGAAGAAGAAGAAUCCUCAUCUGAAGAAGAAAGUUCAGAAGAGAGCGACAGACCCGCCGGCGGACCAUCAGCUGUAGGUCCAUCCAGCGGAGAAUUGACACGAGAGCAACGCAAGGAACAAGCACGACUGCGCAAACAAGCGGCCAUUGCCAAGAAGAACCAGAAAGCCGCGGCUGUGGGAGACAUGCCGACAAGUUCAGAGGAGUCAGAGGACGACGACGACGAUAUGCCCGCGAACCCAAACCAUACGCAAAAAGCCCGAAGCCAAGCACGUGUGGUUGCUGGUGCGGCAGACGAGCCGGCUAAGAAGAAGGGUGAUGGCGAGAAUCUUAGUCGUCGUGAGAGGGAGGCUAUCGCCGCACAACAGGCUAAAGAGCGAUAUCAGAAACUGCAUGCUGAGGGCAAGACUGAUGAAGCGAAAGCAGAUCUGGCUCGUCUGAAAUUGAUUCGCGAGCAGAGAGAACAGGCUGCCGCAAGGAAACUGGCCGAGAAGGAGGAGCGAGAGGCUGCGGAGAAGGAGAAGAUGCAGAAAGAGGAGAAGAAGAGGCUCGCUGCGGCGGGAGAUGCUGCUUCCUCCAAGAAGAAAGGUUCCAAGAGAUAGACCUGUCACGAGCUGGAACGGGUGUAUAGGGCAUGCACAGAGUCUUGGGGCGAGUUGGAGAUGCAGGUCAUGAUGUGAAGAGUCUUGUUGGACAAAGGAUGCUUCACUGUGCUUUGACACCUGACUGUAGACAUCUGCAUAACGACCUGAACAUGAACACUAACAUUCCCCUGUCCCACCCCGUCAAUCAAUUCAACAUAUCUCGACUGUUG